CAUUAUUGUAAUUUCACUUUCAUUUUCUUAAGCUGAAAAGCCUAUAUUCUAUAUUUCCAUUUAGUCUUUAAUAUUUUCUAUUCUGAAGAGAGACGACGACUCAGACUCGACUCGACUCAUUUUGUGUAUUUCUUCGUUCAAAUCCAUCUCCGUGAAUGGAGCUUCAGAGAUCAGUGAUGAUGAGGCUCUUUCUAGGGUUUCUGCUACUGUCUUUCGCACCUAUCUCAAUUCAUGGAAGAUUCGUGGUGGAGAAGAAUAGCUUGAGGGUAACAUCACCGGACCGAAUCAGGGGAACUCAUGACAGCGCCAUUGGAAACUUUGGAAUACCUCAAUAUGGUGGUAGCAUGGCUGGGAAUGUUUUGUACCCAAAAGAUAAUCAAAAGGGUUGUAAGGAGUUUUCUGACUUUGGGAUUUCGUUCCAAUCCAAGCCUGGAGCUCUUCCGACCUUCGUUUUGCUGGAUCGUGGAGAUUGUUUCUUUGCUUUGAAGGUCUGGAAUGCCCAGAAGGCUGGAGCUUCUGCAGUUCUGGUAGCUGAUGACAUGGAGGAACCACUAAUUACAAUGGAUUCUCCUGAAGAAGAUGGUUCAACUGCCAAGUACAUUGAGAACAUCACCAUCCCAUCUGCACUCAUUGAUAAAAACUUUGGGGAAGUAUUAAAGAAAUCAAUCCGUUCUGGGGACAUGGUCAACGUGAAUCUUGAUUGGAGAGAAGCUGUCCCACAUCCAGAUGAUCGAGUGGAAUAUGAACUAUGGACCAACAGCAAUGAUGAAUGCGGAGUUAAGUGUGACAUGCUGAUGGAAUUUGUGAAAGAUUUUAAGGGUGCAGCUCAAAUUCUUGAGAAAGGUGGUUAUACUCAAUUUACGCCUCAUUACAUUACUUGGUACUGUCCUGAGGCAUUCACCUUGAGCAAACAGUGCAAGUCCCAGUGUAUUAAUCAUGGAAGAUACUGUGCCCCUGAUCCUGAGCAGGAUUUCAGCACUGGUUAUGAAGGGAAAGAUGUGGUUUUGGAAAACCUGAGGCAGCUCUGUGUUUUUAAAGUGGCAAAUGAAACCAAAAAGCCUUGGGUCUGGUGGGACUAUGUGACAGAUUUCCAAAUUAGAUGUCCUAUGAAGGAGAAAAAGUAUAACAAGGAUUGUGCUGUUGCUGUCAUUCAAUCUCUUGGACUGGAUGUUAAAAGUGUUGACAAGUGCAUGGGAGACCCUUCUGCAGACUCUGAAAACCGUGUUCUGAAAGAAGAGCAAGAUGCUCAAGUUGGGAAAGGAACAAGAGGUGACGUGACCAUAUUACCUACUCUUGUUGUCAAUAAUCGACAGUACAGAGGAAAGUUGGAGAAAGGUGCUGUUUUGAAGGCCAUCUGUUCUGGUUUUGAGGAAACAACUGAGCCAGCUGUUUGUUUGAGUGGUGAUGUGGAGACAAAUGAGUGCUUGGAUAACAAUGGUGGUUGCUGGCAUGAUAGAGCAGCCAAUCUCACUGCCUGCAAGGACACGUUUCGUGGGAGGGUAUGUGAGUGUCCCCUGGUUGAUGGGGUGCAGUUUAAAGGAGAUGGUUAUACCACCUGUGAAGCAAGUGGGCCUGGGAGGUGCAAGAUAAACAAUGGUGGUUGUUGGCAUGACGCUCGAAAUGGGCAUGCAUAUUCUGCUUGCACUGAUAAUGGAGAGGUCAAAUGUCAAUGUCCUCCUGGAUUUAGGGGUGAUGGUGUCAAGAGUUGUGUAGAUAUUGAUGAAUGCAAAGAGAGAAAAGCCUGCCAAUGUUCUGAAUGCAGCUGCAAAAACACUUGGGGAAGCUAUGACUGCUCAUGUGGUGGGGACUUAUUGUAUAUGAGGGACCAUGACACCUGCAUAAGUAAAAGUGCCAGAGAGACACGCUCUGCUUGGACUGCUGUUUGGAUCAUUUUAAUAGGCUUGAGUAUGGCUGCUGGUGGGGCAUAUCUCGUGUACAAAUACAGAUUAAGGGUAAGCUUAUUGCACUGUGUUGUGUUAGCAACAUUGAAAUUCAUAUAUUAUUUGUGUGCUCGUGUACGUUAUUAUUUGGUUCCUGGCGACUGGGGAGACUUUGAUUAAGUACUGAUCUGGUACAACUGUUUGCAACUCUUACAAAUAUAUCUACAACAUGUGCUAACGUUGUACAUAAUCAUUAAAUGAAGAAAAAUGAUUCUACCCCAAACUUGUUGAGUCUGGGGGACGAUGACUUGCUUCUAAUUGAUUAUCUUUCCUUGUCUAAAUGAUUAUUUACUCUGCCAAAAAAUUGAAUGUAGUCAAUGUUCAAGCAGGUUAAUUAGGAAUGAAAUAAUAUUUGCAUGCCUGCUAGCAGAAAUGUAUAAAAUUUAAUUCCUUAUAAGCCCAAGUGUUUUGGUUUGUGAUGUUCCGAAUAUUAUUGUUGCAGUCUUACAUGGAUUCAGAAAUCAGAGCGAUAAUGGCACAAUAUAUGCCGCUGGACAGCCAAGGAGAAGUUCCAAAUCACGUGAACGAAAAUCACACAUGAGAAAGAAUUCUCCAUUUGUACUCUUCCAAGAACUCGAUAUGAUGAAAAUCUGGAUGUGUAUCAUGAAUAGAAACAACCUUUCUUCAUCUUGUCAAAAUUUUUCGAGUCUCGAGAGUGUCGUCGUAUAGAUGCGUGUAACAUAUUUGGAUAAUAAAUUAAUGCAGAUUUCAACAUGUCCGUUGUUUAUUAGGACUGUCAUAUGCACUGCAACAGGAGUCAGAGGACGACAGUUGAAGGAAGGGAUUUGAUUUUAUGUGGUUUGAAGAGGAAGAUUUCAAAGGGUUAGGGAGUUACUUAUCAUCCAGAAUUUCAUUUCCAUGGAACAUGUUUUUCAAUUUGUAUGCAACCCUGUAAUUUACCCACUUUGUACUUUUAGGACAGGUUGAAUUUCUUGUUAUCACUAUUGGUUUUUUUUUUUUUUUUGGUUGCUAGGAUCACUAUUGUUGACUCAAUAGAGUUCUUUUCUCUUGUUACUCAUAAAUUAAGGAACCAGAUGCAUAUUCAAGACUAUAUCUACAUUAGUAAUGGAUCUAAUAGGAGUGGAGUUGAAUGAAAUACUUACCCAAAAUAUAUAAUAAAUUAUAAUUUCACACAAAA